AUGGCUGCCGUCGUGGAGAGGGUCGAUGGAUGUGUUGGCUCCUUGGACUCAGAAGCGGUGUCACCGAGACAGUCCACUCCUCCACCUGACCAUCCGCACCAGAACAACCCGCUGUUAGGACUGCCCAUCGUGGCCAUUGAGGCCAUCCUCAAUUUCUUGUCCUACGAUGAAAUCAGCCUGCUCCGCUCGGUUUGCAAGCGCAAGGACAUUAUCUGCCAGCGUGUUCUCAAUCAGGGCUUCCUAAAGGUGGAGCGUUACCACAGUCUAUGUCAGAGACAAGUUAAAGCCCAACUACCCAGGCGAGAAUCAGAGAGGAGAAAUCAUUCACUGGCCCGUCAUGCAGAUAUCCUGGCUGCCGUGGAAACGCGCCUCUCUCUGCUCAACAUGACCUUCAUGAAAUAUGUCGACUCCAACCUCUGCUGCUUCAUCCCUGGAAAGGUGAUAGAUGAGAUAUAUCGUGUGCUGCGCUAUGUGAACUCCACUCGUGCCCCCCAGCGAGCUCAUGAGGUUCUUCAGGAGCUGAGGGAUAUCUCCUCCAUGGCCAUGGAGUACUUUGAUGAGAAGAUCGUCCCCAUCCUGAAGAAGAAGCUGCCAGGUGCUGAUCUGUCUGGCCGUCUCAUUGGGUCUACACCAGUGGCAGGUCCAUCUACCUCCCUGACCACCAUGUCCCUGCUGGCAAAGAACACACCAUCCCGCUCUGAGAUGACCAAGGUGCAGCAGCAGGUGAAGGUGAAUGGGGCGUCCAUGACAGUAAUGCGGAGGGAGAUGCAAGAAAUCCGUGUGAAACAGCUGGAGCAGCAGAAGCAGCUGCAGGACCAGGAGCAGAAGCUGCUGGAACAGACCCAGGUGAUUGGUGAACAGAACGCCCGGCUUGCGGAGCUAGAGCACAAGCUCCGUGAACUGAUGGACAAUAGCGCCGCUGCAAUUGGAGGAUCCAGGCCCAACACAGCUGUCCCCUCCACAUCUAGCAGCGUGUCCUCAACUGUUGCCAGUACGUCUGGUACUGUGCCGGCAAGUGGCAGCAUGGCAGCAGUCUCAAUACCAGUAGAGCCAGAGGGUCCGGGAGGGUCAUCACUCAAACGCACCAGAAAGAACUCAGACCUUCCACGGCAGUCGAAACGGCUGCGCAGCAAGAAAUAAGAGACUCAGUGUGUUAUUUAGUUAAGUUUUGAUUUUGGUUUCAACAUCUGACUGAUCACACCUUAUUCCCAAUGACCUGCGUCACCAACUCUCAUUGUCUGUCCAGUUUGUCAGAUGAGUCACAAAUAGAAAUAUCCCUGUAUGCUUUACCAGUGUUUUCUCUUUUUUGUGGUAUUGGAUUUGAGAAUAGUGUUAAAUACAUUGCUGCUGUAUCACAGUUAAAACCAUGAGCCCACAGCUUCAUCAAGACUUUGCACAACGUUGACAGGGUCAACAUUAGAUUUGAAUUUACUGUCUUUUGUUUUUCUAUAUUUCUCUUGUUAACAAAUGGCAUGAAACCACCUACAGCAAUGGGUUGGUGUCCUUCUACACUUUCUGAUUUCCCCUGUGGCUUUCAGCUCGGAGCCAAUUGGUUCAUACUGAAGACGUGAAUCUCAUAGGUAUUUAGUAACUUUUUUUUUAUGCUCCCAACAAAGCUGCAUGCUGCAGUAUUUCUUUUUUCAGUCCUCAACAUGGGAGUUAUCUACAAAAAGAAAAAUAUAGAAUAUCUAAAAACUUACAGGGAUUGUUAGUAACAGCUAUAUCAAGGGUAGGGCAGGAAGUUGGCCUAUUGCAGCAAGAUUACAUUGAAAUUACUGCACAGAUUUUUAAUCUAGAUGCUUUUUCAAGAAGCUUUUAGGUUUAUGUUCUGGUAUUACAGAACAGAAAUUCAGAUGAUCUGUAAAAAAAGUGAAAAACUAAAGUGACAAAGUGCAUGACUUAUUCAUAAUACUACUUAAAAUGCUAGAACCAAAUUGAAGUGACAUGUUAUAGGUAAUAAUUUAUGUCCCUUCCAUUUUCACAUGACGAAGUCUGCAUCCAUAAACAUUCAUUUAAUUCACAUUUGCUUUUUUCUGACCUGGCUAUGUGCAAUAACAAUCAUCUAAAUAGUAAUAUGUAGUUUAUAUUCCUUUCCAGUUGCUCUGUUAUUCUAUUCAAAAUUGCUGCUCAGACAUUUCUAGUUAAAUAAGUUUAUGAAUCCCCUUUAAGGAAGGAUGUGAUCCUACAGAAGGAAAAGGAAGUGUUCGGGUAGCAUUAGUCAGUGUCACCUGUUGACUGAUGCCUUCUCUGCUUGCAGGGCCUAACAGGGGUAAAUGUUGUCUAUAAGGGGAUUGUAUUUCCCAGAUAUCAUUGUUCGAAAUGCAGCUGUGGCUCCGCUUUGUGUGAAAACAAUUUCUUCAGAAGAUGUACAGCGAGAGCUGACCCUUUAUAGCUCUGAGGUUAAUGCUUUCCCAUUAGAAGUUACUGUAUGUGGACAGAGAAACUAUAGGACUACAGUCCAAUGGCAACACAUUUUAAGCAUCUGUCCUUCACGGAUCCUACUGGUGUUUUUACAUAUUUCAUCCCAUAUUCUACAAUUAUUGUACUGCUCAAUACAGCGAAACGUUUUGCAAAGAA